UUCAUUGUGCGUCCCACCGGUCACCAGCAGCUUUGUAGUCUGUGCCAGUGCACCACGAUUAUAAAGAACUUUAUAAUCGUGCAGUGUACUAUAAUUGAACUAUGUAAUGAUAUUUUGUAUAUUAUAAUUUAUUGUUAUUAUAAUAUAGUUCAAUGGUCUGUCUGUACUCGCUUUACAACUUAAUAGUUAACACCCAUAAUAUCAUCUUCAUAUUGUUGUUUAUUAGUUAUUACAGUCACAAUUUUUCAAUAAUUAUCUAAUAUCUUAUCUGCGGUUUUAAUCAUUUUUAAAAAACUCAGUUCUCAUAAUCUGUCUGUUAUUCGGUAUUCCGGUUAUCUAAAUGCUGCUAGGUACUUAAUACAAUAUGAUUAUGAUAUUAUGUCCAUGUCAAAUGAACAAUGAUGUUUAGUGCGUGUAAAUGAUAUAUAUUUUUUAUUAUUGCUAUAAAAAAAAUUUUAUCCGGGCCCAACUAUCGUCAGCAUAACCCAUUAGAAUUUAAUGAUUUAUAAUAUUAUUACAUUUCGUCGAGGACAAAUAUGAACGAUACAUCAGAAAGCAAUUAUGAAAUGCUUCAAGCAUUGUAUGAUUAUAAAGAUACUUCAUCAGAGAGAACACUAGAUUUCAAAAUUAAUGAUGAGUUUUUCAUUUACCGAGAUGUUGCUGAUAAAAAGAGUUGGUGUUUAGUAAUCAACCAUACUGGUGAUUUAGGAUACGUACCAUAUAACUAUGUUAAAACCAUUUAUGUAAAGGAUACUCAUGUAUUAAAAUUCUUAGAGAAUUGUCUUUUAGCAGUUCAACAAAAACUUGAUGUGAAUGAUAAUUUUUCUGAUAAAUUUAAGCUAUAUGAAUCAUUAUUGAGACGACAAAAAAAAUUUAAACAGAAAUCUUCCUUUAAUACACUGGAUACGCCAAUACAGUGCAAAACCGUUGAUAAGGGUAAUCAAUCGGAAACAUAUGAACAAACAUUGAAUGAAACUGGAAAUAGUUUAAGUGUUUCAAAAAAACCAAAAGAGAUAACUAUUCCAGAUAUUUAUGAAGUAGUGCAGCAAGUAAGAAAUCAUACAGGAUUGUCAUACAACUUUUCUCAAAUAGCUGUGUCUGUUGUGAUUCAAUAUUUGUCUGAUCUAGUUGAUGAAUCAGCAAAGUCUAGUCUCAAUAGUGUACGCGAUAUUAUUGAUACUUUUCCUCCUACAAGUGCAACAUUACCAGUAGAAUGUUUGGAAAAUACUAAGGAUGGAAAAUGCAUGCAACAGUUAUUGGAAUACUUAACAGCUGCUAAAGAAGAUUCACAACAACGUUCAUGGCAAAUAUUUGAUGAUCAUGUUCAAAUUGAAGAAUGUUUAAUUGAGCUCACGAGCAUCUUGAAAAAUGCAGAUCCAAUGGUCAUUAAUCAUGUUUUAAAAAUUGACCAAUAUACAUCAAUCAAUAAUUUAUUAGAAUAUUAUCAAAUGGAAUUACGAUGGGUGAUUCAAAAACAUUUACUUAACAUAUUUUCAGAAUUAUGCAAACUUAAUUUUGUUGUUGUUGAUAUUAUAAUAAAUUCCAUACUACCAAUGGAAUUAGCAAGAGAUAUGCAAAACAACAAAGAAGAUUUAAACAAGCAAGUCAUUCUUGCUGAAUUUCUAACACUCAUUUUAUCGGUUGGAGAGACUUUACCAAUUUCAUGCUUUGAAUAUAUGAAUGUGGACUUUGUUACCAAAAUACUAAGUGAUAUAGAGGACAAUGAACUGAAAUCUUCGAAUGAUGAGAAAAAGACUGAAUGCAUGAUCAACUUGUUGUUGUCUUAUAAUCUUCAGUUUUCUAAAAUUGAAUCAAACAUAACUUUAAAAGGGCUGGCCCAAAGAGACAAUGCUAAAGUACUUACUGAAAAUUUGUUGAUUUUACUUAAUACUGAAAAAGAUCCAGUACAAGUUUUAAAACUUAAGAAAAAACCAAAAAACUCUGUAGAAAAAAUGUUAAAUGACAUUCUUGCUGACUCAAAAACUGCCAAACUGUUUUAUGUUAAUGAUAUUGAAGUUUUAGUUGAUAUUAUUAUACGUCAAUUAUUGAAUAUUCCAUCUGAUGAAAUGGCUCGUACUUCAUACUUGGAACUUUGUAAGAAUGUGAUUUUUAAUACAGAAUACUUAGAACGCAGACAUAAAUUAUCAGAUUUAAAUAAUUGCCUUCAAGAAAUUCUUGUUGAUGAUAGUUCGUGCACUAAAGACCAAGAUGUUUGUAUUAUUAAGGAAAUUUAUUUAAAAUAUCCAGAAUUGUUCAAAUAAAAUUGUCUGAAUAAUAUAUUAUAUUUGUUACUAAAAUAUAAUAGUUUGCUUAUUCACUAUGUUGAGUAUUAAUCAAAAUACUAAAUGUGCUUGCAACAAUGUUGUGUGAUUAUUCCUUUAUGUUACUUUUAUGUGCCAAAUAUUAUCUUAAACAUUUUAUUAAUAUUACAAUUUUGAUUUUUCUUCUUUAAGCUUGUAGCUGUAUUGUAUGUUAUAAAGUUUUUAUAUUUUUAAAUUUUAUUUCAUAUUUAACAAUGUUAUAGUAUUAAAUAUUUAUUAUUAAUUUUUAUUUGUUAAUUAAUAUAUUAUGUAUUCAUGUUCGUUUUAUAUAUUUUAAAACAAAAUACUUGAUCAUUGAUUAUAAUUACUUAUUAUACAUUUUAGUUUAUCAAUAAAACAAC